AUGGCUGAACUGCCUCAUAUUGGAAAACAUUGCGGAGCGUCUUUGUGCCAUCGCUUAGAUUUUUUGCCUGUCAGAUGUGAUGCUUGCUCUGGAACUUAUUGUAUCGAUCAUUUCACUUAUGAUGGACAUGGUUGCUCACAAGGAUACCAAAAGAAUGUACAAGUACCUGUAUGCCCUUUGUGUGAUAAGCCUGUUCCUACCCCGAAGGGAGUUCAGCCAGAUUUUCAAGUUAACGAACAUAUACAAAAUAACUGUGAGAAAAUUGCCAAGCCUAAAAUCUUUACCAAUAAAUGCUCAUCGAAAGGUUGUAAAAAGCGUGAACUUGUUCCUGUUACGUGUCCCAAAUGCAAAUUAAACUUCUGUCUAGCUCAUCGACAUGAGAAGGAUCACGAGUGUGGCUCAGUUUCUUCGAUUUCAUCUCCAGGAAUGGCCGCAAUGAAGAGAAAUGCAAAGUCAUGUUCUACCGAAGCUCGAGAAAAACAAAUGUCAUUAGACGAACAACUUGCUAGAUCUCUUGCAAACAUGGGUAAUAACUCAUCAGGAAUGGACCAGGAUAGACAAGUUGCAGAAAGAAUGCAAUGGGAGGAAUACGAACGAAACAGAAAUAGAAGCCGGCCCAGUCAAACAGUCAGUGAACGGUGCUGUAUAAACUAA